AUGAUGGACAGCCGGAUACUGGAUCCACCUCAUGCCCAGUUCGGAGGCGCUCUCGGCGGGAUGGUGAGCUUCCCCUACCAUCUCGGCCACCACCAUGUUUACGAACUAGCCGGUCAUCAACUUCAGUCUGCAGCCGCUGUUCCUUUCUCAAUAGACGGAUUACUAAACGGUUCCUGCACAGCUUCGGUGGUUAAUUCGAACCCUCUUUUGUCUGGCUGCGGUAUGAAUGGAGAUAACCAACAGUACAAACUGACAGAUUCGGGAGAUCCAGACAAGGAUAGCCCUGGUUGUAAAAGGAGACGAACUCGGACCAAUUUUACAGGCUGGCAGCUGGAGGAAUUAGAGAAGGCGUUUAAUGAAAGUCACUACCCAGACGUGUUCAUGAGGGAGGCUCUGGCCCUACGCCUGGACUUGAUAGAGUCGAGAGUGCAGGUAUGGUUCCAAAACCGCCGAGCUAAAUGGAGGAAAAAGGAAAACACCAAAAAGGGUCCUGGACGGCCAGCUCACAACUCUCACCCGACCACCUGCAGUGGCGAACCCAUGGACCCGGAGGAGAUUGCGCGCAGAGAACUGGAACGGAUGGAGAAGAAGAAGCGGAAGCAGGAGAAGCGGCUGCUGAGGUCACAGAACAAACUCUUGGCAGGGGAAUUAUUUCACACGCCGGGAUCUGACAGUGACAGUGGCGUGUCACACGCAACGGACAGCGAACAGAGCAGUCUGCAUGAACUGGGACGAAACCAAACGCCAGUCAGCUGCGACCAAACCCCACAGAACCUCCAGAACCAAAGAAACCCAAGUCAGGACGCCAGUGGAUCUGAGCUGGACUCUUCCGAUAGCAGUCAGCAGUCAAACAUGGGUUCCAACGGCAGGGCCUCUUCCACCAUCCAGAAACUGAACCCUUUUAGCGUGGAGAGCCUACUGUCGGACUCCAGGCCGCGGCGCAAACCCGCCGUGGAUUUCCCAGCUUUACAGUCCCCCCGACCUUUGAUAGGCAAGGGACACUUUCUCCUCUACCCCAUUACACAGCCCCUUGGUUUCAUUGUUCCACAAACAUCUCUGAAGCCAUCAGCAUCAAGCAUUGACUCUGACAACGUCAUUCAAAGGGGACCACAGAGUGAAAGCCUCACAACGAAUUUGGGACAUAAGAACAGCAAUGAUUCCGAACACGCGAGCACCAACGCGACACAAAUCAAAGGACAAGUAAACCACUCGGUUAGAAACACGAGUUCGCCUAACUGCUCGACACACAUUCCCUUUAAUAGCAAUCUGUCGGUGGGAGGUUGCAGCGAAAGAAACCUCCAAGAGAAGGAAUCAGACCAUGUCAGACCAAUAUCCCCACAUCACGAGAAGUCUUUAGCAGACUAUCCAGACACAGCUGAAUCGACGUCAACCAACCAUUCCGCCGACACAAACAAAGACUCGGUUGAUGUUGAUAUGGGAUAAUAUUAGGACCAUUAGUCGCCGCGUUAUUGAGGUGAAAAUAAAAAAACAACUUCAGAAGCGUUACCGAAGAAAAAAAGACAUAUCAAAUCAUUUCAUUUUUUUUCGCUGACAUGUUUAAGCUCUGAUUACGGGGUAUCUGUGUGAAUAUUUUGUGUACAUGUGUGAUGGGCUAUCAAAUGUUUAUUGAAAAAACUAGAGGCAGACCCCUUGUGUAAACAAACUGUACAAAGAACAAGACAACAGAAAUCCUCAGACGUUGUAUAAAGUAUUGAAAUAUUUAUAUAUGUAAGUUUUUCAUAAAUA